CUCGCAGCCUGAGUAAAUAUAAUAGUGUAGUGUAGCUUAGAUAUGAGCUUAUUUACAGGUUAGCCGUGAGUACGCUUCGCCUCGCUGUGUGUCCGCCUGUGUGUGCGUCCUGUCGGGCCGUGUACGUCGGGACGAGCAGGGGAGCACCGUCCAUGAGCCGCAGACACAACUUCCAGCUCGUGUAGAAGAGUCGGCGCGGCGCUGCAGGGAACGGACUAUGUCGGCUAAUAAAACAAAGAAAGUCAAAAUGGCUACUAAAUCUUGUCCUGAGUGCGACCAACAGAUUCCAGUUGCGUGCAAAUCCUGCCCGUGUGGGUAUGUGUUUAUUAGCAGAAAACUGCUGAAUGCCAAGUUAACGGAGCGCUCUCCAGCCAUAGCAGAGAAGCUGGACUUGAAACGUAGGAGGACAGAGCGCAUUCGCCGUGAGCGGAUCGACUCUCCUCUAACCAGUGACAUGGAGAACAGGAGAAGGUCCCGAGCCAACAGCCAGUCAGAUCCAAUCCGCAGGGGGCGGGGCAGACCAAAAACAGUGGGGCUGAAGAAACAGGACGAGGAGAAAGAGAAACAAGAGAAGGAGGUGGAUAUUUACGCUGGUCUCUCUGAUGAAAAGGCCUUUGUGUUUUCUGUGGCCUUGGCUGAGAUCAACCGCAAGAUCCUUGGUCAGAAACUCAUCUUAUAGAUGGAACAAUGAAAAACUUGAGAAACCCAGCACACAGGACCUACUGUAGGAAAUCUUUUAAUGAGGACGACCAAAGAGGACAGAACUGGAUGGAGCUAAACUUUGACCUGGACUUGCUUCACUUGGAUAAUUUUUUUUUUUACAGGAUUCUAAAGAUACUGUCAUCGAUUCCUGCUAUGUGCAGUGCACAGCAUGUGUUUAAUACAAAUAUGUAUAGACUGUCAGGUCACUUUAUUUUAGAUACAUUUUUCUUCAUUGUGAGUGCUGAUGUUUAAAGUCAGAGAAAGCUGCAGUCAACUCAUGGCAGUGUCCAUAUUUCCUUCAGUGAUACAGAAAUUUACACAAGUAUUUCUGAGACUGUGAGGUUCUGCCUAUGUAGUGAAUGUGUUGAUGACCACAGCAGAAUGCCAUAUAUAACUGUAUAAUGUGAUGCUAUCACAAUAUACUGUAUGUAUUAUAAACACAACAUAAAACCUGAAUAGGG